CUCGUUUAGAACAUCCAGAGUCCUGAAGAGAUGUCCUAGAAAAGUGUUCAGAUUGGACUUUUCCCUUCCUCCUUUGACUCUUGGAUAUUUGCAAAAUGUCCGGGUUUCAGGGACUUUCAGAGGUCCAGCAGCUGUCAGUGAGUACAGAAGAGAUCUCCUCUGAGCAGCAGGAGAGGAGCUCCAGUUUGAACCAAGAAAUAAGCAAGCCUCUGCAAAUUAAAGAGGAACCAGAGGAAGAAUGGAGCAGUCAGGAGGGAGAGCACCUUCAAGGGCCAGAGGAGGAUGAUAUUAUCAAGUUCACUUUUGUUCCUGUCCCUGUGAAGAGUGAAGAAGAGGAGGAGAAACCUCAAUACUCACAUCUUUAUCAAAGCCAAACUGAACAGAUGGAAACAGGAGCUGAUGGAGAGCACUGUAGUAGAGUAGAGGCUGCCAGGUCCUAUGAUCCAGAGAGAGAUUUACAACCAGAGACUGAGGUCAAGACUGAAUACUCAUCAGAUCCUGGGACUGAUGACAGCACUGACUGGAGGGAGGCAACAGAAAACCAGUCAUGUUCAAUCUCAGUGGGAAGAAUCCCCAAAGAGAGAGCAGAGACUGAGAAGAAAUUGCAUAUUUGCUCUGAGUGUUGUAAAAGAUUUACACACAAAAGCAAACUUAUAAAACAUAUGAGAAUUCACACUGGAGAGACACCCUUCAGCUGCUCUGAGUGUGGAAAGAGUUUUAAAUACAAAUCUUCCCUUGUACAACAUAUGAGAAUUCACACAGGAGAGAAACCCUUCAGCUGCACUGAGUGUGGCAAAAGAUUUAAACAAAAACAGUCCCUUAAAUCCCAUAUGAGAAUUCACUCAGGAGAGAAACCAAUUAGCUGCUCUGAGUGUGGUCGGAGAUUUAGAUAUGAAACUUCCCUUACAGUUCAUAUGAGAAUGCACACAGGAAACAAACCCUUCAACUGUUCUGAGUGUUGUAAAACAUUUACACACGAAAGUAAACUUAGAAAACAUAUGCUAAUUCACACAGGAGAGACGCCCUUUAGCUGCUCUGAGUGUGGAAAGAGAUUUAGAUAUAAAUGGUCCCUUACAACCCAUAUGAGAAUUCAUACAAGAGAGAAACCCAUCAGCAAAUCUGAGUGUAGAAAGAAAUGUAGUGGUGAAUCUUCCCUUACAGUUCAUGGUAGAAUUCACAAAGGAGAGAAAAACUUUAGCUGCACUGAUUGUGGAAAAAUAUUUAGGAGUGAAUCUUCCUUUACAGUUCAUAAGAGAAUUCACACAGGAGAGAAACCCUUCAGCUGCUCUGAGUGUGGCAAAAGAUUUACAUACAAAAGUAAACUUAAAAAACAUAAAAGAAUGCACACUGGAGAGACACCUUUCAGCUGCUCUGAAUGUCAAAAAAGAUUUAAAUACAAAUGGUCCCUUAAAGAACAUAUGAGAAUUCACACAGGAGAGAAACCCUUUAGCUGCUCUGAGUGUGGAAAAAGUUUUCCCCAAAAAUCACUUCUGACUAGACACAGCUCUGUUCAUACCAGAGAAAAACCUUUUAGCUGCUCUGAGUGUGGUCGGAGAUUUACACGAAAAUUUAGUUUGACAGAACACAUGAGGCUUCACACAGGAGAAAAACCUUUUGGCUGCUCUGAGUGUUGCAAACGAUUCAACCAUUGUUCUGAUUUGAACAGACACAGGGUUGUUCAUGCCAAAAAAACACCCCUCAGCUGUUCUGUGGUAGUCAGAGAUUUACCAUCAAACAAAGAUUAACUUUACACAAAAGAAUUCACCCAGUUGAUGGCUUUUUGAGUAUGAUCAAAAAUUGAACGAGAUUAGAUUUGACUAAAUGUGAAAAUUCAUAGUUUCAGAAUCAGCUGAGCUGCUUUGACUGUGACAAAGAAGCCCAGAUCCAAAGACAUUUACAUUGAGAAACUGAGACCAAUACUGAAGUCUUUUCUGAAUCUUAGACUGACAAUGUUGUCUACCCUCUAAAAAAUGUGAUUUUAUGUCAUACUACUGAGAGACCACUCUGAGUGUGAUGAUGAUUGUACUUUAUUUGCGUGUCAUGCACAAAAAGUGUCCAACCAUCAUGGGUUUGUAAGACAUUAGAAAUACAAUUCCAGUGUUUUACAAAAAGAUAAAUUCAUAACAAUUACGAAAGUUGCCUGAUCUUCUCCCAGCUCAGUAGUAAACAAUACAUUCUGCCUUUUCUCCCAGGCUUUGUAGAUAAAAUCUGCUGUAGCAAAAGUUCCUUUUCUGAAACAGAACUCAAUUUUUUCAUAGUCAUCAAACCAGAAAAAGUCAGAAUUAAUCAAGGACAUUUUCCUGAAAAUUAAAUCCCUUAAGUCAUCAUAAAUUGGAUGAAAAUGAAUCUCGUUCUCAGUUUUACCAGAGUUACAUAACAAACACACUGUCUCCCUCUGGAAUGGCAUUAAACCUGCCAGUCUCUAUGGCUAGAGGUAAAGUUCCUGAGCGCAACCGUCUACAUAAUGAUCUCUGUUUUCUUGUAUACACUACAAUACAUUAAUUUGAAAUUUUGUCUAGAAGAAGCACAAAACCAAACACAAAAAAACGUGCUGAGAUAAAAUAUUUCAUUUUAAUGCUGAUGAUUUCAGAAUGUGUUAUACUAUUUUUUGACUAAUAAUGUUUGUUGAAAUCUUUUGCGAUAAAAAGCACCUGCAAAUGACAAAACCUCCCCUUGGUCCUUCAGUCUUCACAUUAUUAGACCAACUUCUGCUCAGACACUGCAACAAUACCAGAUCCUAUAGUGUCAAAUAGAAAUGUGUUCCACAUCUACAUCAAAAUAAUGAAUUCCUUCUUUUGUAACGUAAACUGCUAGACUUUUAGAAACUGUGAGUGCGAAUAUGAUGAAACAAAUAGAAAAAGAUAACAUUUCAAUCCUUUAUAUUCAGAUGUCAUUUCUAAAUCAUGCUCUCCCUUUUCUGUUGUUAAAAAUGCAUGU